AUGGCUAGUGAUGCAUUCGGGAGAACAAUGGAGAAAUCCAUCGAAACUACUUCGAAAAUGUUUCUCGAAUUGAAUUUUGUGAAAGCUGAACCAGAAGAAGCUAAAACGUUCGAUGAAUCUGGAAAUUUCGAUAUUAACUCAGUGAAAAUUGAACCACAAGGAGCUGAAAUGUUUCAUACUGGCGUCAUUACCAACCUGAAUUCGAUAAAUAAAAUCGGUUAUAAUGAAAGCAUUGGACAACACAGACAAAUGAAGAUGGAAGAUGAAAUCGACAUUGUUCACGAAGAUCUCAAGUGUGAAGUUGUGGAUGAAAAAAACUUCUCAUACUAUAUGCGAGCUGAGGACUUUACCCAAGAUGUGAAGCCACUUCUUUCGGAUCCUGCUGAACCAGGAGCAGAUACAUUUGGUACUGACUUUUUCACUUACCCAAUCUCAAUGGAUGGCAACGAUGAUAAAAUCAUUGGUGAUCAAGGAGAAAUGAAGAUGGAAAAUGGAAUCGACAUUGUUCAUAUGGGGAAGAAACCAUUCCAGUGUGAUUUCAUUCCAGUGAAUAUCCAGUGUGAUAUUACUUUGAAGAACCACGAAAGGAUUCAUGAUGAAGAGAGACCAUUUCAGUGUAAAACUUGCAUGAAAUCUUUCUCUAGAAGUGGUGGUUUGAAACUACAUGAAAGAAUUCAUACUGGUGAAAGACCUUUCCAGUGUUCAUUCUGUUCAAAAUUUUUCACUCGUCCUGAUACCCUGAAAGUUCACGAAAGAACUCAUACCGGAGAGAAACCGUUCCAGUGUAGAUUUUGUUCGAAAUAUUUUACCCGAAGUGGUGAUCGAAUAGCUCACGAAAGAAGUCAUACUGGAGAGAAACCGUUUCGGUGUAAGAUGUGUCCAAGAUUAUUUGCUCAAAGUUGUGAUCUGAAAGUUCAUGAAAGGAGUCAUACUGGGGAUAGACCUUUUCAGUGCAAAAUCUGUCCAAAAUCAUUCAUUCAAAGUUGUACUUUGAAAGUACAUGUAAGAACUCAUACCGGAGAAAGACCGUUUCAGUGUAAGGUUUGCCCAAAAUCUUACAGUCAGAGUAGUUCUUUGAAAAUUCAUGAGAGGAAACAUACUGGAGAUAAACCAUUCAAAUGUAGGAGCUGUUCAAAAUCUUUCACGCAAAGUGCUGAUUUGAAAGCUCAUGAAAGACUUCAUACCGGAGAAAAGCCGUUUCAAUGUACAGUCUGCCCGAAAACUUUCGCACACAUUAGUUCUUUGAAAGCUCAUGAAAGGAGUCAUACUGGGGAAAAAACCUUUCAGUGUAGAGUCUGUUCAAAAUACUUCAUUCAUGGUAGUAGUUUGAAAGUUCACGAGAGAAGUCAUUCUAGGGAAUGCACAUUUUAA